CCAUAUCAUUUUGCAGUGUUACAUGUUUUUCUAUUUGAGACUCAUAAGAUUUCAGCCUGCUCUGCUUUAUUAAAUGUUUUAGACACUGUGAUUGUAACCUUUUUCCUUUGAUACGUUGUUAUGACAUUUGGCCCUGUUUUUUAGUUUUCCUAUUUUUUAGCACUCAAGCCGACGCUAGACAGAUUUGACUAUGUGUUCAUUUCCCGAGCAGCUCUAUUAUCCUUGUCCACAUUCUUUAAGGCUGGAGAAAGAAUACACUACAAUCAAAACUAAAGAGAUGGAGGAGCAGGUGGAGAUAAAGAGGUUGCGCACGGAGAACCGGCUCCUGAAGCAGCGGAUAGACACACUAGAGAAGGAAAGUGCUUCCUUGGCAGAUAGAUUGAUCCAGGGACAAGUGACCCGGGCUCAGGAGGCAGAGGAGAACUACCUGGUGAAGCGGGAGCUGGCCACAGUCAAACAGCAGAGCGAGGAGGCCUUAGCUCAGCUGGAGCAGGCCAAGGCGACCAUCGCACAGCCCCGGCAGCAGCAGCAGCCAAAAGCGAAGGGAGCCCCGCGGUACUGUGAGGAGUCCGUCCUGCAGCUGGAGAGGGAGCUGGUGCAGGCCCGGCUGAAGGAGGCGGAGUCUCAGUGCGCCCUCAUGGAGAUGCAGGACAAGAUCCUAGAAGUGGAGAAGAGGAACUCGUCGCUCCCUGAUGACACCAAUGUGGCGCGGCUCCAGGAGGAGCUGAUCGGGGUGAAGCUGAGGGAGGCCGAGGCUGUGACCGGACUCAAACAGCUGAGGCAGCAGGUCCGAGACCUGGAGGAGCACUGGCAGCGCCACCUGGCCCGCACUGCUGGCCGUUGGAAGGACACCCCGAAGAAGAACACGCUGAGCGAGCUGCAGGACGAGCUGAUGAGUGUGAGGCUGCGAGAGGCCGAGGCUCAGGCCGAGCUGAGGGAGACACGACAGAGGAUGCUGGAGCUGGAGACACAGAAUCAGAUCCACAGUAACCAUCUGCGACGGGCGGAGCAGGAGAGCCGCUGUCUCCAGGAGUGUGUGCAAACACUGACAGGGCAAAACAAAGACCUGCACGUGCAGCUGCAGGAGAUCAAGAGGAGGCAGGCUGAGAUUGAGUGCAAGAGUAAAGAAGAGGUGAUGGCGGUGAGGCUGCGGGAAGCUGACAACAUCGCUGCCAUGGCUGAGCUCCAGCAGCACAUCUCAGAGCUGGAGAUUCAGAAAGAAGAAGGAAAGGUCCAAGGCCAGCUGAACCACACGGACUCCAGCCAGUACAUCCACGACCUCAAAGACCAGAUUUCCGAGCUCAAAGACGAGAUCCGCUGCCUAAAAGGACCGAGGGGUUUGGCCAAUCAGACGAAUUUUGACGGGAUCCACAUCGUCAAUCACUACGUGGGGGACAACGGGUCUUACCAGUCUUCAGAUGAAGAUGCAGGCAAGGGCCCAGGCCUCCCGGGGACCCAGCAGAGGAGCGGAGGCCGUAUCCGACUGCGGCCCAACAUCCCAGACACCGACAGUGAGGAGGAGGAGGAAGACGAGGACGACGAGGACGCCCUGCGGCUCUCCGUACCUCAGAGCCACAAGUCCACCACCGUGUGACCUCCGGAGGAAGUUCCCAGCAGCCAUUGCAGUCUGGCUCUGGAGAUCAGAAAGGAAAUGCAGCAUCAUUUCAUAUCUUAUGGAUUUACUAAUUUACUAUACCUUUUUUGUAGUUUUGUCAGUCUGGCAGACCAUCAGAGAAUGACAUUCUGUGGAGAUAUCAAAUUACCGGGCCACAGCGAAGGUACACCACAGAGAGAGACACUGUGCAAUAAACCCUUUUAUGCUAUAUCACACACUUCAUCCAAUGGUUUUAUACUUUUAAAGCAUUUUAUAAAUGAACAUUAAAAAGCGUAUUGAUGCCGUUGCUACUAAGUGUCCAUCAUGCAGAGGCGGAGUGUGUUCAGUGCUGUGUGUGUGUAUCUGAUGUCUGGAGGAGCUCAGCGGCCGGUAUCAAAGCCGCUCGUGUCAGCUGGCUUCAGGAAAUGUUGACUUCUUUUGGCCUUAGCACAUGCCGCAUGCCUUCCACUGGUGUACCACAAGGUCAUGUGACAACUGGAUACUUGUAAAAUAUGUAAAUGUGUAUUAUGUUUUUUUUUCAAUUCCUUUUGAACUUGAAAAAAGGUAUCUAUUGCAUAUCUGAUGUUUAGAAUAUAUUGUAAAAAACAGAAAAAAAGGGACAUGAGUUAGUUUAAUAUGGUAACACACAUCCUGUUGAGUGAACUCCUGUGAAGAGAAAAAGAAAAGCUGAGGUUUCAUCGUAAGAAGAAUCAGCUCGUGUUCUCAGAGCAGAAAAGAGCACAGGUUUAGUUUUUAACUUGUACUGACUUUACUUUCUAAAUAAGCCCCACAGUAAGUCUACUCAGCACAUAGCAGAUAUUUUCUGAUAAUGAGUCAACAUGAGUAAUGUCUACACGUUUUGUGUAUCACAAAUUUUGCACGGAAAUGGACGACAGUUUUCGGGAACUUUAUACUGGGAGAUGACACAACAUCGUACAUUUUUUUUAUAAACCCAAAGUGGGGAGGAAUCAGGAGUCUUCAAGUGUUACCAAAGUAAGCACUAUAUCUGUAUUGUGCUCAUCCACGGGCCAGUUCCACUCCAUUUCAUGUGCAAGGACCUGCAGGUGUAACAAUUUCUCUGAAUGUCUGUAUUGAACACUAACUCUAUGAAAGACGAGGUGCAAGUGAAUGCAGCGUGUCAGGUCCUGGAAAUGCAAAAGAUUCUGAGCGUCUACGAUGAUGAUGAUGUCGUUCCUAUAUGAUGAACAGGACCCCCGGUGUUGUUUGAUGGGAGAGGAACACGUUUUGGCACUUUUUGAGUCUGCAGUGCAGUAAGGACACAGCAACACUAUGGAGCAGUCGGCACACUCGGCACACUCUGGAGACUACAUGAGAUUGUUGUGUGUGUGUGUGAUGAGUUCACAAUAAACCGUUUGAUAAAC